AUGUCUUCAUUUGAUGAUGAGGACCGACGUGCUAAAUAUGCCUUGGCACCGAAGUCUACUACUCAUGGGAAGGUGGUGAAGCUCUCUCCUAAGCGGUUACAUACAAAACGUGAAGUACGUACGGUACUUCCUGAAGAACAGUAUUUGGCUAAACUGGAAAAGAUCAUUGUCAGAGACUACUUUCCUGAUCUUCCAAAGCUUAAGGCACAAGCUGAGUACAUGGAUGCUGUGAAGCGCAACGACAUUGCAAAAAUGCGCGAAUUGCAGCUACGUUAUCACACUGGACGUCGCACUGUUCGAAGAACAAGUCCGUUGACUAGCGGCACAACACCUGGGCAUCGAGCUCCAACGUCACCAAUCAGUUUUGAUCCGGACACUCCCGGUCCAAGUCGACCAUCCGAGGGUGUCCAAGGGACGCCACUUCCUUAUGCGAACUGCGAGGGUGACAACGAAGUACUGUUUUUAAAGUCUUGUCUAAGUGUGUCAUACUUUUCCGCAAUACAGAGAGAUUUUCUACAGGCUGUGAAGGCAAGCGUCCAAAAGAAGAAAUCAAACCCUGAGGAACUUUCAGUAGAUGCAUAUAUGAACAAAUUUACAUCAGAAGACAACGCAUCGUUUGAAGAGUUGACGGCAGUAGAGAUGGCAAAGGAACGGUCGAAAAAAGGUUGGAUCUACGAGGCAGAACAGAAACAUAAUGCGGAAAAGGUUACACAUGGCAUACUACCGGCUUCUGCCGAUCUACAGCUCGCUUUAAAGUAUGAUAGCGAAGCUGACAAAGCUAAACCAAAAGAAAUUGACAACUGGACGUACACGGCGCGUAACUCUGUGUUAUUCCAUUUGGAAGGUGCGCCCUUGACCGCUGAAGAACGCAUGGAGCAGGAACGAAAGAAUCAAAGAAUAAUCAACAAGUCUGGCACUCGUUUCCCUGAAGACAUUAAAAAUAAACCAUCGGAGGCCUCUAUGGCACGAGCUAGCAUGGUGCAACUUGCAAAUAAUGCCGGCAAAGUAGAUGCUCAAGGACGAGAAGUUGGACUGAAUAGCAAAACUCUAGAUUUAGUGGCUACACCCAGUCCUGCUCCUGGUGUUGAUGACUCGCCACUGAUGACAUGGGGAGAGAUCGACGGGACCCCUUUUCGUUUGGAUGGUGCCGAUAUUCAGCCACUAGUUGAAAACGCUCCAACCUUCAAGAUGCCCGAAGUGCCAUUUCGCGAACAAGUCGCUUUGGAAAUCAGUGAUACCAUUGCCAAGCGGUAUCGUGACAAGCGACGUGCUGCUAUGAAAGCGGCUGAGAAGGCACAUAGAACACCACGGUUCGGAUCGGUUCACUCAUCCGCUCUUUCACUGGCUACCCUUUCACCAGCAGCUCGACGUCUCGCUUCAACUAAACUUGGUAUCCGACUGCCUUCUACCGAACAUUUGCGCGCUUUAACGCCUUCUAGGACCGGAAGCUUGCGAGCAAGUCCUCAUAUGCGAUCUGCUUCAAAUACACCUAUUGUAACUAAGGCAAAGGUGUCUUCGAUUACGGAUAACCUUAUGCCAGUGUCUUCUGAAGAAAGUGGAACAUCGACAAGUGGUCGUCCCACUGCUGGCGACUUUUUCUAA